AUGGCUGCCACAGUAGGCCCCAUCGAGUUGCCCACGGGGCGACGGUCGUACUACAACACUUCGACACCGGUUGAUAUUCAUGAUCCCAACUGGAUUCCCGUGCUGGACGGCACCGCAUACAAACCACUGUUAUCGCCGACCGAGAAAGAAGUGUUCCAACCUCAACCGCCCGCGAGCUUCUCCCUGUUCCCGUCGCAGCCCAACUCGCCCAAACCACGACCGGGCUUUUCUCAUGCCUACUCAAAGAGCUCCAUGGCUCCCGAGAGUGUCGCUUCGGAUUCCGACUCGAGAUCGCAAAGCGCCCUCGACAGUGUCGAGCCAUUGCCCAGCAUACCGAACCACAUCCAGUACGCCCAAGAUGCGUCACGGGGCCAUAAUCGUCAGACAACCUCGACCACGGCAGGGUCGAACGAAGAAAAGAAUUCGGCCGGCGCAGACACACAACGAGACAUGGUCAGCACGCCCAGCAUUGAAGACAACGAGAAUGCGAGCGUGGUGGAUGACCGAGCAUCCAGUCGCCAAAGUCAGCCUAUGGAACAGAUGGUGGAGUCGACGGUGAACCCGUCCAUCCGGUCGUCCAUGACCUCCGCGAAAAGAAACACAGUGCUCCCACCGACCUCCAAAUACAACCGAAAGCCGAUGGCCUCAGCUACUGGUAGUACUCCAGGAAGGCCGUCGCUGGUGCCUAGCCUGCCUCAGACCCCUCAAGAGUCACCACGCUUGCUGCCCAGCGUCCCGGCGGCAUCUACGACCUUCAAUCCAACCCAACAUCUGCCCUCUCCCAAGAUACCACCAUUUGAGCUUGCCCAGUAUCCGGAUCCGUCUCCGAGACUUCAGGCUGCAAAGUCGACGGCGUCCGAACGGCGACAGCGUGCGCUUCACUCACACCCCUCGAACGUUUCGCUGCGGUCUCAGCGGAAUUCGAGCUCUGACGAUGCCGAGCUCAUUCCAAAGCAGCCCCCGGUACGCAACAGGUCGAGAAAAUCCACCGACUCUCGUGCAACCACCCCGAGAUCCACGAUUUACGAAUCGCAGAUCCCGACGCCUGCACCAACGACACCACUGCCCCAGCUCCCCCCCGAGGCUCACAUGCAGAGUCGAAGACCUUCGACCCGCGACAAUGGUUCACAUAGGCCGCCGCAGCCGCCCAUAGAAGAACCAUUGCCUCCCACCAUGCCUUCAUUUCGGCCCUUUGACCAUGCCAGAGUGGCGUCUUUCAUGACUGAAAAGAAUACGAUCGUGCUACGAAGAUUCGACGACGUCCAUGCCCGAUUACUUUUGUCCUUGCAAGACGAAAUCUCGCAGCUGGAACAGGAACUCGAAAAGCUAGAAAACCCGACAUCGUCUGGAAGUGUGUCGGAGCGCAUGUUGGCCAAAACCCGGAUCCUGCGAGAACUGCGGAAGGUGGUGGCUGAAUAUGACCACCUCUUCAAUACGUGGAGCAAGAUGCAAGCGAACCCAGCCAGCGAGGCCACCACGAAACAGUUGAAACAGUGGUUAUCGAAACCGGGGACAAACGCAGAAGCAGGCCUGGGCAUCAGCACACAGCAGAAUCUCCAGUGGCUUGAAAAGACGAAGGAUCUGAGCAGUAUUGAACUUGGCGACGAGGAAAAUGCGCGUUCCAUACAUCAAGAAAAGCCGCAAACGGAAGACGGCCAAAGAUCGGGUGGUGGCGGUUUCAUGGCGUUUUUUGGCUGUGCCGGCAGAAGGAAGUAA